CCUAUUUGUAGCAAAAGUGUUGCUUUUUGCCAUUAUAUAUUUUUUGUUCUUUACAGAUCAAAGUAGGCUAUGCUAAGUUGGUUCAUUUUUGUGUCAACCAACGAGUCCAAACAAUUGAUAACCACUGCUGUAUUUCCCAUUAUCUCCAACUUGGGUUUUAUGUUUAGAUGAGCUGUCUAAUGCAUAGAAAGCCUGGAUAUGUUAAACAAGUUCAGCAUAGCCAUGCUGAACUUGUUUAACAGAGGCACUAGAGGUCAUAAACCCCGAUCUUAAAUGAUAAAUUUCCAGACUAGUUAAAACGUGUGUUGGUCAGCUUAGAAGCUGAUUAUCUGAAGCUGUCAUAUGUGGGUUUAUUUAGUCAUGUUUGUGCUAUUGCAGUGCUCUAUUUGAGUCACAUACAGACUUCACACUGCAAAACCUUGCCACAAUGACUUUUGGUGAUGACCUUGUGUGUUUGUGUAGGUGAGUUUCUUGAGGAUAUCCACCAGUCAGAAGAGUCCAAGCUGAGUCCACUGUGCAGAGAGAUCACUGACAACAGGGUGAAAUCAAGGAAGGAAUUGGAUGGCCUUUACCAGAAAAUCACCACUUAUAUCCUGCUGCGCUCUGCUAUGGGUUCGCCUACAGAUACCAACACUAUGGAAGAGGCUACAGCUGUCCUGCAGAGCGUCUUCCCUCAGGCUGAACUGGGAAACUUUCGAGUGGCCUUAAAGAGAGACCAGGAGCAGCAGCUCAAAGAACUCACCAUGAUUGUUACUGGGAUCCGACUCUUCAACAAAGCCAACAAGAGGGGUGAAGAGGAGGUUGACAUCCAUGAACUAAGUACAGUUUUUAUGCUUAUUUUUCACUUUGCCAGCUUGAGAUUGAUUGAUUGUUAGAAGACCUCUACUGUAGAUUUAGCUCAGUGACUGUCUCUUUGCUAUUUGAAAUUAUAAGCAGUCGCAUGCAGUUAAAAUACUUUUAAAAACAUUUGUAGGCCGACCAACAACAUUGGCCGACAGUUCACCAAAUGAAAUGAAAUGUCUUCAUGAACCAAAAAGUCCAGCUGUUUUCGUUUCAAGCCUGUAACACUAUAGACCUUGCUCCAUAAUGGU